GUCAGGGGUGCGGCGAGAAAGAGACCUGAAUUAAUUGAGAAUCACGCUGGUAGCGGACGGCUGGUGCCUAGUAACGAGGAUGAUGUUCGACUUCUCUGAAGACGCGGAGGCGGCGACGGGCGGCGCGUCGCGAGGCGACGGCGACGCCGGCCCGACCCGGUCGCAGUCACAGAGCCAGCCGGAGGCGAUGCAGAAGCGAGAGUCGUCCGACAGCUACGUAGGCGCGGAGGAUGAGCCGGCCCAGGGACGACAGGACGCCGUCUCCACGCUCCUGCCCGUCCUCAAAGACAUCUCGCAUCAGUUCUCCGAGUUCAUGGGGGCGAUGGAGACGGCUGUGCGGGACCUAGCGAAGUCCGAGAACGACAUCCACGCGGAGCUGCUGCAGCAGGUGGCGCAGUCGAGGCAGGUGCUGGCUGCCCACGGACGGAUGCAGCACCGCUUCACAGACCGGCUGAGUCACGUGACCCGGGGCUUACGCGCCCAGCAGGCGGCUCCCGACCAGCAGUGAAGUCAGGGCGCGCCCAGCCGGCAGCGCCCGACCAGCAGUGAAGUCAGGGCGCGCCCAGCCGGCAGCGCCCGACCAGCAGUGACAUCACGGCGCGCCCAGCAGGCAGCGCCCGACCAGCAGUGACGUCAGGGCACGCCCAGCAGGCAACGCCCGACCAGCAGUGACGUCAGGGCACGCCCAGCAGGCAGCGCCCGACCAGCAGUAACGUCAACCGAACCAGCCGUGGUGUCACAACGUUGCGGACCGUGGCCAGUGUUUGGUGGCCCUGCCGAACUGCAGCGCCUGUGAAACAUGCCAGUACAACACGCUCCUUUCAACGCCUGACGGUGCUCGGGAGGUGAUCGCAUGUGUUGGCCUUUUCAUGCUUUCGAAUGGCAGCGUUAUCCCAGCUGCAUGAGCACCCAGCUUGCGGAUGUCGCUUUUGUCUGCUUCGCUCAGUUUCCGUGCGCUAAACGCAAUACAUAUGC